AUGGCUGGAAUUCCGACCCAUUCUACCGCUGGUAGGAAACCUUACAAUGGACCAACCUACACACAUCAGCACCCCCAACUGGGCGCCUUGACAGGGCGUCUGAUCAAGUCGCCGAAUUUCCAGGGGCAAUCCACCGUCCAGUUCCGCUCGAUUCCAUAUGCCCAGGUCCCCAAACGCUUCGCGCCGUGCGUCCCCCUCCAAAGCAUCCCAGACCAGUUUGACGCACGGCCACACCGGGAUUUCACACAGUUCGGGAGCGCGUGCCCGCAGGUCGGUGCGACUAAGCCGACCUGGUUCGCAGCGUACGGGGGACCACUCGAAGAUGACUUAGGACUGGAGUUUGACGAGUUCACCUGCUUGACCCUCAGCGUCUCCGUGCCCGAAUCCUAUCUUUCGGGAAAUAUCCCCAAGCCGAUCCCGGUGAUGAUAUAUGUCCACGGCGGCGGUGCGCAGGAAGGGAUCGGGCACGUCGACGGGCUCCACUCCAACGCUCCUUUGACUGCUUACUCGUCGGAGGUGUCCUUGCCCAUCGUCACGGUCAACAUCGGCUACCGCCUCAACUGGCUCGGUAGCCUUGUCUGCCAGGACAUGAUCGAGGAAUACACCGCCGAUUCUUCACCCUCGCCCCAUGGCCCUUUUAACCUGACGAUCCAAGAUCAGCGAGCGGCAUUCGCCUGGAUCCAGACAUUCAUCGGGGGGUUUGGCGGCGACGUGGAAAAUGUGACGGCGUUUGGCGAAUCGGCCGGCAGCAUCUUUCUGAUCUACCACAUCUGCGGCAGCCCGGACAGGCUCUUCAAUCGCGCCAUCCUGCAAUCGGGCGUCAUCUUCGGCCACACCUCGCUGGACGAUAAAGAUGCCGAAUACCGGGCUUUGUUGAACCACUUUGAGAUCCAAGGCUCCAGUGCGUCGGAGAGACUAGAGAAGCUCCGACAAGUCCCGGCCGAGGCGCUGGCCCAAUAUCCCGGGUACCAUGUGAUGCCGUUCAUCGAUGACAUCCCGGGUGUGAGCGUGCCCAAGCCACUGUUCUCGCGAGGUAGACCGACCUUCAUGAAGCAGACGUCCCUCAUUUCCUCAUGUCCGUGGCUGGAAGACAUCAUCAUUGGGGAUGACUUCUGGGAAGGCUAUGUCUUCCGAGAUCUUCUUCGCUCAGCCUCAGCGACGGGUGUCGUGGCUGGCGUACUUUCAAUCUUCCCAGAGAAAGCGGCGGCCCGAUUGCUUUGCGCGUACGGCUUGCCUGCGACACCAGAGCUUGCGUCCGUGACGGACAAGAACUUGUUCUGGAGGAACUUGACCGAGCUCAUCGGCGACAUGCUCUUCUCUGUUCCAAUCCACCGUCUUGCCUCACGUCUGGCUCGUCAGAACACCACCGCCACUUCCAACAACAAUAACGGCGAUACUUCCGCCCGGAAGGUCUACCGCUACUGUUUCGGCCUCUCCAACCCCUUUCUGGGAUCCGACCACAGCUUCGUCACCGGCCACCACUUCGUGGAGAUCCUUUUCGUCUUUCUCACCCUCCUCGAUCGGUACCCAACGUAUCGGGGCAGAUGGCUCGAACGACAGGCCAGAGAGACGGCGAGGAAAUGGAUUCUGUUCGCUUACGGCCAGUCCCCGUGGGAUGAGUACGUGGUCGGUGAAGAUGGCGACACCAACGAGGCCAAGAUCGCCGUGUGCGACGACAUCCGGGGAUGGCACGUGAAGACGAUGUCGCAGGACGAAGAGGAGAGUAAGUCCGACCCGUGGGGCCCCAGAAGAUACGUGGGCUGGGGCGCGUGGGAGAAGGCGUACCAGGCGCUAAAGAAGCCCGGGAUGAGCACGCAGGCUUGGGCGCAGUCUAUCCACAUCGCCAGGCUGAGGGUUCUCGGAGGUCUCAGGGCUCGCGAAGGAGAGGCUGAAUCCGGGAGUGGGACUGAAAAAGCCAACGCCGGACAGGAGUCUGAAAAGGAGCUCAUGGAGGCACAAGAGAAAUUAGGCAGUGCGGUUUGA